ACAAUCUUCUAUCAACUUCGUCAUUCAUACUGCAUCAUACCACGCCAUUUAGCAAUUUAGCCUGCGUAAUUGAAUCGACUUCUCCUACCCGCUCUGCAGCCCCUCUGGCGGCCUAAAACCCCGCGACCCUCUGGGGAAUGUGCCUUGGGUAGUUGCUCGUCACCUGCGUUUCUAACCCACCGAGCGAGGAUGCCGCAUGCACGGCGUGAUCAGCUGCAAGGUUCAUAGCAGCUCUAAGCCCAGACCAUAGACCCUCUGCCUCCUAGCUACUCGUUGCCGACUCGCCGACCCUUGAAUAUGGAGGCCCAAAUCGAGAAUGCGAUUGAGAUUGCGUGGAAUACUACCUCCGACCAGAGCCUCAAAGAGCAGGCCUACGAAUUUCUCAAUCAGUUGAGGGUUGAACCCCAAGGAUGGCAGGCCUGCGCUUCCCUGUUUUCCAGGACACCCCGCUCCUCCGAUGUCGUGCGUAUGGUCUGCCUUGAGGUCGUCAACUACGCCGUCCAUACGCAACGCCUCGAUCCCCAGAGCUUAGCCUACCUCAAGCAGACCCUUCUCGAAUACGCACGUCAGGUAUACGGGCCCGGUCACCAGGAACAUAUCGAUCCUCCCGCCCUGCAGAACAAGCUCUCCCAGACGUUGACCUACCUGUUCGUCUUCCUUUACACUGAUGGAUGGGAGUCCUUUAUCGAGGACUUCCUGGCCAUGACCCGGUCGCCCGAUGGUGCUCAACAGGAUAAUGUGACCGGUGUCAUCUUCUACCUCCGCAUCCUUGGCUCCAUCCAUGACGAGAUUGCCGAUCUACUUCUCACUAGAAACACCAACGAUGCGAAACGCAAUAUGGAGCUGAAGGACCAGCUGAGGGGGCGCGACAUCCAAAUGAUCGCCCAGUCGUGGAAGGAACUUUUGGCACUGUACUCGGGCCGGCACGAUGCCAUUGUCGAGACCAUCAUGAAGGUCAUUGCCAAGUGGGUCAGCUGGAUGGACAUAUCCCUCGUCGUCAACCAAGAGAUGCUCAACCUUCUGCUUCCUGUGGUUGGAAGAACAACUCCUGACGGUCGCGAGGACAAGGUCAGAGAUGCCGCCAUCGACACCCUUACCGAGAUUAUCGGCAAGAAGAUGAAAGGUCCUGAGAAGAUGGAGCUGCUGUCGUUUCUCAACCUGCGGGACAUCAUCGCCCAGCUGAUCGCCAGCCCCCCUUUGAGCGAACUAAAGUCGACUCCUAAAUACGACACCGAUCUUGCCGAGGCUGUCGCCAAGCUCGUGAACACCGCCAUGGCCGAUAUCGUCCGUGCGCUCGAGGACGGCCAGUUGGACGACGACACCCGCCGCAGGGCCGAGCAGCACCUACACGACUACCUCCCCUUCCUCUUGCGGUUUUUCGCCGAUGAAUAUGAUGAGAUCUGCUCGACCGUCAUCCCAUCCCUGACCGAUCUUCUCACCUUACUGCGCAAGGCGGGCAGUCUGCCGCCCAACUACUCCGAUAUGCUCCCGCCCAUCCUCAACGGCAUCAUUUCUAAGAUGAGAUAUGACGAAACGUCCAAUUGGGGCCACGAGGACGAGCAGACGGACGAGGCCGAAUUCCAGGAACUGCGGAAGAGGCUGCAAGUGUUGCAAAAGACUGUCGCCGCUGUCGACCAGAACCUGUACAUCGAUGUCUUGAGCAACCUCGUGGGCGAGACCUUCCAGAGGCUCGACCAGCAAGGAUCUCAAAUGGAUUGGAGAGAUCUCGAUCUUGCCCUCCACGAAAUGUUCCUCUUUGGCGAACUCGCAUUGCCCAACCAGGGCCUGAGCUCGAAGAGCCAGCCAUCGGGCACCGCUGCCGAGAGGCUGGCGAUCAUGAUGGAGAAGAUGGUAGCGUCUGGCAUUGCCAGUUUCCCCCACCCGGCGAUUCGGCUACAGUAUAUGGAGAUCUGUGUCCGCUAUUGGCAGAUCUUCGAUGCACGCCAAGAAUAUAUCCCGCGCGUACUAGAAGACUUCGUCAGACUAGUCCAUGAUGAUCAUGUUCGCAUCAAGACGCGUUCAUGGUACCUGUUCCAUCGAUUCGUCAAGCACCUCAGGGCCCAAGUCGGCAACGUGGCUGAGACCAUCAUUCAGUCCAUCAGCGAUCUGCUUCCGAUUAAAGCAGAGGUCCCGGAGAACGACGCAGACGAUGACAUGUCCUCGGACGAAUCGGAUCAUUCAGCUGACGCCCUCUUUACGAGCCAGCUCUAUCUUUUUGAGGCAAUCGGCUGCAUAUCCUCUACCGGCAGCACGCCCGCCGACAAGCAAGCGCUAUACGCCCGCCUGGUUAUGGAACCGCUGUUCCGCGACAUCGAAUCUCACCUGCCCAAGGCCAGGUCGGGCGAUGCCCAGGCCAUGCUCCAGAUUCACCACGUCAUCAUGGCGCUCGGGACUCUUGCCCACGGCUUUUCCGACUGGGCUCCAGGCAGUACCUCCAGCCAGCAACGCCCCCCUCCUGACAAGCUUGUGUCCGAGGAGUUUUCCCGCGCCGCCGAGGCCAUCCUCGUCGCGCUUCGGGAACUGAACAGUUCUGCCGACAUUCGCACCGCUUGCCGCUCCUCCUUUUCGAAGCUCCUCGGCGUGCUGGGAUCCGCAGUACUCCCCCAGCUACCCCAGUGGAUCGAGGGAUUCCUUUCCCAGAGCUCUUCAAAAGACGAGAUGGCCAUGUUCCUGCGUCUUCUGGAUCAGGUCGUCUACGGCUUCAAAACUGAGAUCUUCAACGUUCUGAACCUAUUGUUAACCCCUCUGCUGCAACGAGUCUUUGGCGGGCUCUCUGAACCCAUCAACGGUACCGACGACGAGAUACAGCUGGGCGAACUGCGAAGAGAGUACCUGUCCUUCAUCUCCGUGCUUUUGAACAACGACCUGGAGGCCGUUUUCAUCAGCGAGACCAACCAGGCCUUCUUCGAUCCCAUGAUCUCGUCCGUGAUUUCGCUCGGCCGGACGCUCGAAGGGAACCUGACCCAGAGCCGUCUUGCCUUUGGCGUCCUGAUUCGCAUGGCCAGUGUCUGGGGUGGUCCCGACGUCGCUACCAUCUCCAACAACCCAUCGACGACGGGCUCGCCGAAACCCGCGAUUCCCGGAUUUGACCAAUUCAUGAUUGACCGCUUCCAUCCCCUGUGCUGGGAGGUUCUUCGGGAUCCGCAGUUCAAGCCGGCCUCGGACGCGCAGAGCAAGCAAGUCUUGAACGAGAUUGCCUCUCUCCAGCAAGUCAUCUACACGAAGACGGGCGACAUGUUCAUCCAGAACCUCCGAUCCUCCCUAUUCCCCCACCUGGGUAUGGACGGCACCGAAUACCUCCGCUCCAUGACUACUUCGACGGACAAGAAACAGUUUGCGACAUACCUCCAGGGGAUUUGGAAAAGCUGGAGGACAUAAUGGUGUAGCAAAAUAAAACGAGAAGUCCAAGGCGUUGUGGUGAAAGAACGAAGAGGAGCCAUCCCACGAGGCUGGGGACCGAAAAGAGGUGGUAAGUUGUUUUAUCAGGAUUCUCAGUGGUGAACCUGCGUAGGUCGCCUGUGUUGUUCGAUGAUCUCAGGAUUAUUUCCCCCAUGAUGGAUAGAGAUGGGCCAGCCCGGUCAGCGCGCUCUUUGGAAGAAUGCAGGCCAAAAAGCUGGAUACCCGUGUAGUUGGCGUCCUGUCUGGCGAUCUACACACUGCCAUUGUAGGGCGAAAGUGGAUGAUGAGAAAAUAGCAUAAUAGACUUGAUGCAAAGACUAGAUGUCGAGCGCAGUUAUGACUGCGUACACGAAGAGGGGUUUAAUUACCUCCUACCCAUUCUAGAGGGAAGCCAGGAGUCGACUCUUGGUGGACUCCCUAAACCAAAG